CCAUACAAGCACAACAUCAAAAUCAGCAGACUGGCGACUUGAAGCUCGCACAAGUUUGACCCUGGUAACUUUCCACCAUCAUUCUGAGCAGCUUUCGUUCUCAGAGCAGUCAUGGCCUCAGGCGGCGGCGAGACCAUAAAUCUCGACACGCUCAGCGUUCAGCAGCUGAGCCAGGUCAAGAAGCAGCUGGACGAGGAGAUUGAACAUCUCACCUCGUCCUUCACACAGCUGCACGCCGCGCAGGCCAAGUUUCGCGAGUGUCUCCGAUGCGUGGGUGCCCCUAAGCAGGGGGCCUCACCGGCACUGCAGAACGACAAGUCGGUCUUGGUGCCGUUGACAAACUCUCUCUAUGUGCGAGGCACCCUGACAAAUGCCGACCACGUCCUUGUCGAUGUCGGGACCGGCUUCUACAUAGAAAAGAGCAUCGCGUCUGCUGCUCAGUUCUACGAGGGCAAGGUUAGCCAGGUGGGAGCGAGCCUCAAGGAGCUUGAAGCUAUUGUUCAGGGCAAGACAAACAAUGUCCGCUUAAUAGAAGACGUCCUGCGACAGAAGAUGGCUGCAAGCCCUCCGCAAGCAUCUGGGCAGUCAUAAAGAGGUUAAAUAGAUACAUGGUUGACUCAGCAAUGUCGAAGACUGUGUGCACUGUGCCUUCGCCUAUUGCCGGGAAGAUUAUGGUCGAUCUUGUGUACUUUGAACAAUGAAUGAAUGCAGCAUAAAUCGUCAAAAAUGGUGUUGAAAAUUGCAACACAACAGAGUUGGGCCCGCUCGAUAAUUGGGCGCCGGUAUGAGAAGACCCAGCAGCAUAUAGAUGCGUGUUGGCGGCCUUUCGUGGACUUUCACAUGGCAAGAAUAUGGCGCACAUUGUGUGAUGAUCGUUGUUCAAUGUCACGACCGUGCUGACUACAAGUCAUGUAUACCUAGGUACAUUGUGGUG